AUGGCAGGUAUCGUCGCCUUCGUGUCCGCUGUCGUAGGCGUCAUUGCCAAUUCCAGGGCAACUCCCCUUACUGAAAGUGCUUCGCUCAUGGAGUACGAAGAUAGGAUCUACUCGUGUGUGGAGAAGGCAAAAGAGGUUUGGGCCAAGUCAGGGGCUGCACUUGCAAGAGCUAAAGCAGCAAGGGACGCGGGUGACUUUGCACGAGCUUCACGGUACAACCUGAGGGUCAUUCGAUACAAGGAGGAGACGGAGGUACAGUUUAGACUUGCUGAAAAAUACAAGAAAGCAGGGCUGAAGAAGAUGGAGCAGUGCCGGCGGCGCUUUGGAGACUGUGACACGUCAGCGGAAGCAGUCGACCAGGCGGGGGUGACGGUAGCCAUGACGGAGAGCCUCUACGAGGAAUUUGCAGAGCAGGUGGAGGCAUUCACGAAGGCGCUGGGGACUUUUGACGCGCUGGUCUUCAUCGACUAG